ACUCAACCAUGGACGGAGGACGUUCCAAUAAAGGAGAGAACGACACAACUGGUUUUGAUUUCCAGCAUUACACAUUGCUCUACUGUAUCGAACAUCUUCGGAAGCACAAGAAUCGUUUUCCGGAAUUUAAAAUCGGAAGUGCCAUCGACGGAUUUGGGGCCCUGGAUGAUAUUGUUCUACAUGUUGCUUUACCAGGAUCAAGAACGGUCACCAAUUUACUGCAAGUAAAACAUUCGACACGGACGAUAACCGAUAUUUAUCUGUGUGAUGACGCGAAGACGUGCGUUUUGAAAUAUUUCAAGACGUUCCUCUUUUUGAAAAAAACCAUCCCACUGGAGCAACUGGAGCAGUUAAUAAUAUGGACAAAUAUGUCAUUCGCUAAAAACGUUCAGGAUUGGUUUGAGAAGUAUGUUCCAACAGAUGACGAAAGAGACAUACUAAAAAACGACGGAAGCCUGCCUUACGAACGAUUCCGAUUUAAGAAGGACAAAUUUAAGGAUAUUUCUGAGAGCUUUCUGGACGAUGCUCAUCCCCGAACAACACUCAUCGAUAAGUUCGUUCAUGUUUUGUUUGAAAAAAAAGAAUGGAGCUCAAAAUAUGCGGCUAAAAGCUACUAUCGCGUAAUGGCAAAGGAGAUCAUCGAGUGCAAUGGGGUGAAUUCCAAGUUCAAGGAACACUUCAUCACCGGAGAAGGGUUGCUUCCGGAAACCGUACAAUUCCGGAAAUAUUUUGAAGUAGUGAUGAAGGCUAUGUUUAUUAGGAAAAAAAUUGGUUCGUUUACCAUGGCAGAUUUGAACAGCGACGAAUAUAAGACUUACUAUCAGGUGAUGGUUGAUGCAGAUUUUACAGAAGGCACUAAGGCAGAUGUACAGUGGAAGAAAUGGGAGCACGAGCCUCAGGUGACGGAUUUGGAGGAAUUUCGCCAGCGCUUUAUCUUCUAUGUUAAGGUGCCAAUAUCAAUUGAUCUUGAAAAGUUUUUAAUAACUCAAGUGGGAUGCUUUAAACAAUUAUGUGAGAUACUAAAGCAGUGUGCAUUCAAGAAAAUGAUCGAUGAGAAGAUAACUGAUAAACUAUUCUUACUGAUGAAACAUCGAGAAAAUAUGGUUUCUCGUCCCUACACAAAUCUGCAAUUUGAUGACUUAGAUGUGUUACAACAAAAAGUUAUUGAAUUCAUGCAGGAUAGUUCAAGAAGGUGUUUACACGUGAAAGCCGUACAGGACGUGCAAUGCUCUGGUUCUCGUCUGAUUUCACCAAUUAAAAAUUGCUUGGCUCCACUGAAUGAGCGAUAUUUGGUCGUGAACUGCAGCAACUUCUAUAAGAACUGGGAUAAUUUGCAAGCUAUUUUAAAAGAGAAGAUAUUAGUCGAAAUCGGUUUAAAGUGCAUAAUUAUUACAGAAGUGCCUAAAAAUAAGUUACAGGACAUCGAAACCAAACUAUCAACGAGUGAGGUUAAAGCGAUACUUGUUGGUGGUCAGCUAGACAAUGGCUUCGAGGAUAAGUUUGACAUUAGUACGCUGCAUCCAGACAGUAAGGAUAUAAUCAGUAGCCGGGAAAUCUUUCUAUCUGAGCAGCAGGCGGCAAAGGCAGGCGAGAUCUAUGGGAAUGAGCUCUUCCGAAAGGAGAAUUAUCGAUUGGCGUUGGACCUUUUUCAAAUCCAAAGACCAAUACAGCUGGAAGGCAACGAACUUCAGCUUGACGAACACUUCCGAGAAAGACAGCUGAAGGUUGAGCAGAAUGAGACAAAUGUGCUAGAUUUGAUACGCAGCAAAGACUAUCAGCAAAUCGUCGUAUCCGAUCAAGCCGGCAUGGGUAAAAGCACCGAAUUGAUUAACAUCGCUGUUGAGAUGCGAAAGACUUAUAAAGAUCAUCUGGUUGUUUGCUUGGAUUGUAAAGGUGUUCUAAGGCAUCACGGCGAUAAGGAAGAUUUCGCAUAUAUUGUAUGUCAAAUGACUAACAUCAGAGGAGGGACAAAGGAAGUUGUUGUGCGAAAAAUUAUCGAGCUGGGAAAGAUGAUUCUGCUGUUGGAUGGAAUCGAUGAAGUGAGUGGCAGUUGCAGAACCAACCUGGAGGCGAUGUUAAAUACCAUAUCAAAGACAAGGCUGUUCAAGCUUGUUAUCGCUACCCGACCACAUUGCAACACUCUAAUCCAGAAGAUUCUCCCCUUAUGCAUUAUAUGUAAGUUGGAACCUUUCAGCACAUCAGACCAGCUAGAGUAUCUGAUGAGUUUCUGGAAGGUCAAUGAUUUGGCUGACGAAAAUGAUCACACCGAAGAAAACGCCAUAGAGCUGAUAAACAGAUUCCGCUCCAUGCUCAAAGAUGGAUCCUUGAUCGGUAUACCUUUGCAAACAUACAUGAUUGCUGUCAUCUACCAAACGUCUAUCAUGGCAAAAGAUUUCGAGCAACCCAAACCCUACGAGAUCGGCAACAUUUAUAAGCAGUUUAUUGAACUAAAAUUUCAAGAAUCAAUCAAACGCCAGUUCGAUCUAACAUCCAAAGCCCAUGAAAAUGCCAUACGCACCCAGCAGGAAAAUUUUAUUCCAGAUCACAUCGCAAUGGCGCAAAAAAUCUACUCAAACGCUCCGGAAUCAGAACUGAAGCAGCUUUUCGACCAACUGCAAACCUACGGCUUGGUCCGACUGCAUCCUUCAGAUUCCUUUGGAUUUGUCCACUAUACCUACCUUGAAUAUUUCGUCAGUUUGUAUUUCCUUACUCACGCAACUAAUGCCAAUAAAGCAUUUAUUUCCUUCAUGCGCCAAAAUCUGUGUGCAUCUCGAGAGAGCAUCGUUACAAAAUUCAUGAACUUCCACAUUGGGGAGAUCGAUCCUUCUAGAAAACUUGAAACCGAUAACACCAUAACAGAUUGCUUGCCGAACGAUUUUGAACCACCGUCAACUGGUCGUCUCCAUCCGGACAAGCUCCGAGAAAUCCACCUCUACUUACUGAAUCAUUGUUCGGAAGCCGAACGGUACACACUAAUACGCAGCAGCUUCAACCUUUCGGCGUUCAACGUUUUAGAAGUGCUGUAUGACAGCCUCCCUACGGAUACCAAGUCUGCGUUGAAAUUUCGCUUCGGUAACAAACCGGAACCUAACUUCAUCAACCUCAAAAAACUUGGCGCAAAUCAAGUCGUUCAAUUAUUGAACAUCUUACUGAAAAAGAACCCCGAUAAAUUGGUUCGACUAUAUCUGACCGACUUUGGCGAUAGCGAUGAGGACUUUCUCGAAGUGGCCUGUCGGAAACCGUUCUGCCAGGUAUUGGAUUGGUUGGUCGAUGAUCUAAUUCCUAACCUCAAUUGCGAAGAGCGAAUCGCACUCAACAGCUACGUAGACCACCGUUUCGUCAUGUAUCUUCAACUGAUUGUAAAACACAACAACGCUCGAUUUCUUCAGAAAGCAAUCCAGUGUGCAAAAGACCUUUGGCCAAAAAGUGUCAUUCUUUGUUUCCUACUUAAGCGCAACGUACUACAGGUGUUCCUGAACACCGUUGAGCUCCCAAGUGAUACUAAACCUCUGAAAGACGAGCAGCGAGUUGAGAUGGUUCGCCACAUACAUGGUCUCUACCAGUGGGCCUUCGAUGGCCAAUUCCUAGCUAGUGACGACUGCUGCAAUACAAUUGCUAAUCUACAGAUUGAUACCAUAAAAUGUGCAUUUAAUGACACAUUUCCGAGCUUAUAACGCUUAGUGAU